CAGUUUCAGUCGAAGUCUGCAUUUGAGGAAGCAGUGCCUCUCUGUGUCUUACCACAUUCAGGGAAAGUUAGCCAAUCUAGGCGAUAUGAACUUAAAUUUGGUGACUGUCCCAACUCCAAUAAGCACACAAUGAAAAACCAACAAUUCUGUUGAAUUUGUUCGGCCCCGAAUGACCUUGUUCAUCCAUGAAUUUGCCUAGGGGCGUGUGUGCUAAACCGCUCCAAAAGUCCUUAAGUUACGUUUACUGUCCCGGACCAUUCAAAAUAAAAUAAUUGUAACGAAUUUAAUUACAAAUUUGUGAUGGGGAUCACAAAUCGCAUCUAUGAUCAACGACUAUCGUACAAUUUGCUAAAUUGAAGGCAAUCGCAAAACUCGGGUUUACGACGUUUCAAAAAUCCCGUUACAGGGAAGUCCCCCCGCGAGGAAAUCCCCGCGCACUGACGGAAUAUUAUCGCCACAUCUCUCACACAAUUUCACCGUUGUUCUCUUUAAGCGCAGAUCUCUCUUCAGCAACAAGCACAUGUUUGGAUAUCGAGGGCUGCAUACGAAGAACAAGUAGGCAACGUCUCGGUUUGCGAUGGAAAACGCCAGUGUUGAUAUGGUCAGUGAGGUGAAGAUACGGAGUUAUAACGCUUUAAAUACGCUUUAUCACGAAACGCAACAAGAUAUCGUGAAUUUAAACACGCAGCUGUGCAUACGGGACAAUGUCAUUGGCGAAUUAAAAGCGAAGCUGGGGAAAUACGAACGGAUCUCUAUUCAUGUUGAUGAAAAUGAACCUGUCCUCGUUGGACCUUCCAAAUCAUUGAUCGAAAGCUUGUGCCAGGAAAUCUGCAAAUUGAAAAAAAGAAAGAAUGAGUUGGAGAUAAAAGCUGCCAAACAGGCAGACACAUCGCAACAAGAGAUCCAGCAUCUGCGGGGCCGUCUGGUGGAGAGCGAGCGGGAGCUGGUGCAUCUCCGGGCCCAGCCCGACCACCGCAAGGACCAGGAGAUCCACCGGCUGCGGGCCCGCCUGCUGGAGCAGGAGCGAGACGGCGCCACACGGGCCGUGCUCUGCAGCUCGCUGGCGGAGGAGGCCGAGCAGCUCCAGCUCCAGCUGGGCCUCACCAUCCGGACCUGCCAGGAGCUGAUGGCCCGGCUGGAGGCAGGGAAGGCCGGACGGGGGAGAGCAGAGGAGACCCCCUCCCAGCAGAAACCAGAAGAGACGACAGAGGCCUCCAGCUCGAUGAGUGAUAUCGCUGUGGUAUGUCAACUUAAGGAGGAUAAUAGGCUGCUUAAACAGCGAGUGGCACAUGUGGAGAACCUGAACGCCAAAUGGCAGCGGUACGACUCCAGCAGGGAGGAGUACGUCAGAGUGUUGUGUCACAGGCUGAGAGACUGCAGCGCCCAGGCCUCUGCCACCGCCACCACCACCACCACCAGCAACAGCAGCAACACCACCAGCAACAACAGCAACACCACCAGCAACAACAGCAACAACAACACCACCAGCAGAGCUGCAGGCGCCGGCCUAGUGCUUCUCCAGCAGGAGGUGACCAGACUCAACGGCCUACUGGCAGACAAGAUGGACGACGUUGAUAGGCUGGGCCGGGAGAUAGAGGAGACCAGGAGACUGAACAAGGAGCGGACACAGACCCUGGAGCAGCAGGUGCUGAUCUACACGGAGGACUUCAGGUGGGAACGGGCCGACCGGGAGAGAGCCCAGGAGAGGAUCCAGAGCCUGCAGGACCAGCUCGCCCGCCUGCAGCAAGAGCUCCACGUACAGGAGCCAGAAGACGAGAGCCUUGAAGUGGCACCCUUGCGUCGCACGGUGCACACCGAGCAACGAAUCUCCCCGAGGCAUCACGGGCAACAGUUGGUACGGUCCGCCGCUGAACCGUCACAACAGCAGCAGCAGCAGCAACAGCAGCUGCAGCUGCAGCAACCACCUGCAGUCGCCAUGGCAAUGCCCAGCAUGGUGUGGGGGGGGCAUAGCCAGGGCCAAGGAGAACUGUUGUGCCCUCGCUGUCAGAGCAGGUACAGCGACGCGGACACCGUGGAGUAUCUGAACCACUGCCAGGAGUGUGCCAACCUAUGACCAUAUACAGUAUAGCCACGCCACACUGGCACUGAAAACCACUGAACACUACAUACCGGAGAAAUUUCGUAUUUAUUUUUGUUCAUGAUACAUUUGGGGGAGCUUCAAACGUUUUUACUACAGCUCCAUUGUCCUUGGAUUGGGUUCAUGUGAAGUUAUCAUAUGGCCUGUUUAAGACCCAUUUUGUGUGUGUAUAUAAAUGUGUAUAUGUAUAUAUUUAUAUAUGCGUGUGUGUGUAUAAAUAUUUUUUUAUAUGUAUGUAUAUUAUUUUAUUUUUAUUUAUUUAUAUACUGUGUAUCAAACUAUAUCAAACGUGAGAUAAACAGAUGUAAACGCAAUGCGAUAUACCUCAAAUUUGUAAUUGAAAACAUUUUUGCACUUUUCUGACUUAUCUUAAAAUCAUUUAAAGGACUACCAUAUAGGAACAUGUAAUGUAUAAGCUGUUGAAACGGUUAUUGAUACCAUGGUGCUAUUUUUAUUCUGUAAUAUUUAGCUUGAGUUUUUUCUGACUGAAUAUUAUUAGUUUUAUAUAUUAAAUUAUGUAAUAUUUGUAUCUGGAAAAUAUUCGUAAUAUAUUCUUCAGCUAUAGUUAUAUAUUAUUUUUAAACAAAUAAAACAGUUUCUUGUGUAUUUUGCAUAACGUUAAUUUGUGUUCGGUAAGGGGCUUUCAUUUGGAGAUUUUGUAUAAAGAUCUUUUAACAACACACAACAAUAGCUCACCACACAAUAUCGUUGUGCAAGACGCUGUGUGCGUGUGUGUAGUUCCCCGCCUGCGCGGAAACCCCCUUCACAUCAUACGGCCAGCCUGGCCCUGAACAGACAAGCUGUGUAGCAGCAGGAGCAGCAGACAGAUUCCCAGCUGUUGUGUGGAUAUAGUGAAUCGCAGAGGGAGUAAACUGCAUGCACACACACACGCACACACCGACCGAGAAAAAUAAAUAAUAGAUCAGGUUACGUUCAAAGUUGAACAAAUACUCAUGGAUUAGUCUGUGGUGAAUAGGUUAGGUUCGUUUGGCGUGUACACAGGAAACACGGACAUCCCCUAAAGAGAAAAAAAGGAAGUAGCUACUAAGAGUGCACUUAAAACUUUCUUAAAGACAAACCGCCCCUUUUAUUCUUUCUUUGUGUGUUGAUAUAACGCAACGGCCGUGUAUUAUUUACUGCAGCCAGUAGCAAAU